ACAGAAAGAAACAUCGAAAAGAAGCCUGAAUUCUUGAUUUUUGACAUUAAUUCGGCGUUUUCUUCAAAAAUAGGCGAGUUGAACAUUUUUGCUCCCGCCGCGAAUGCACAAUAAGAGUAGAACAACAGAAUCUAAAUAAUUUUCUCUUUUGUAUUGUUAAGUUCCUAAACAUUAUUGAAUGUUUUUAGUACUGUUUUACACAAUUUGCUGUUUUUAAUUCAAUAACGUUCUUCUUGAGCAUCGUAAUAUUAUUCGUGUUUAGACCUAUUCGUGUACUUGCUUAGGUAUCGGCCGAUAGCCGAUUACUUUAUGAUUUGUCGUGUAAAUCUCUCAUUCGUUUCUCGUGUUCUUUAUCAUCCCGUUUCGAAUACCUGCUUCGUGAUAAGCAAUCAUUCGUAAUAAGCAUGCCGUUAGUUGAAUGCAAUAAUUAAGGUGACGCUUGAAUCAUGGGCUGUUUUACCGAUGCGCAAUUCGGAGUUUGGCCUCGUCAUCUAUCGGCAAGUAACGGAAACUAGACAACAAAAUUUAUUCAGUAGUUUCCGCCGUUUUCGUAUAGAUAGCGCUAGGUAUAGCUUCAUCUUGCAAGUAAAUAAAAUUUAGAUUAUGUGUUUAUAAUUAAUGUAUAAAAGUUGCUGUUAAAAUGGCACGUGGUAAAAGACCGAUACGAGGUGGGAAGAGAAAGUUUGAUAGACAUGAUAAUCGACCAAAAUCAAAAAGAGGUAAAUUUAACCUAAAAAGGAAACCGUACAUUCAACAACGUGAUACUCAAAACGAAGAAAUUGAAAAUCGCAGAAAAAUACUGGAGGAGAAAAAAUUACGACAACGAGAAUUAGAAAGUGAUAGUUCAGAUAAUGAGCAAGUAAAUCCUAUGCAAGAUUUGUUAUCCACAUUUUCAAGUACUAAUAAUCUUCAAGAAACUGCUAUUGAAUCUGACUCAGAAAGCGAUGCUUUUGAUAAUGAAGCUGACAUAGAAACAAAAAGUGAUAUUAAUAAGGAUUCAGUAUCACCUUCUGAUACUUCAGAUGCUGAAGAGAAAUUAUCAAGGGAAAAUGAAGAGAUUAAGGCAAAGGAGUCUGAUGAAGAAGAUCCUGAAACUGCUCAAGAGGAUGCUGGUUAUUUAAAAGAUCUAUUUUCAAUUCAUUUUCAUGAUGAUUUAAGUGAUAAGCAUUAUGAAGCAGUUUCUAGUGUUCCUCAGAUUAUGGAAACACACAAUAUAGCAUGGCCAAUUCUAGGAAAUCUUAUAUGCCAAAUUCCAAAACCUAAAGAAGUAGAACAUGACAUAUCCAAUAAACCUAAAGUUUCUAUUUUAGAAAAUAAACAGUUUGCAAGGUACGGCAUUGUUCCUUCCUUAAUUGAAACUGUAGAUUGGAAUACAUUGUACAUAAAAUCUCAAAUUCAUGGUAAUAUUACAAGAGCAAAUUAUGCAAAUAUAAAGGAUAAUGUGAACACUGAUCCGUCUCCCCUGACUCCCUUGCAGAGGGAGUUAUUUUCAGUGAUAAAUAAUUAUCAAGACUUGUAUUAUCCUGAGAAAACAUUUUCCAAUGAUGAUCAAAUAAGAUUUAUAUAUUGUUUACAUGCAGUUAACCACAUAUUAAAAACCAGAGUAAAAAUAUUACAUCAUAAUGCAAAAAUAACUAAAUCAAAGGAUAAGAGUAUUGCAGAAAUUUCAGAAGAAUAUAGAGAUCAAGGGCUAGUAAGGCCAAAAGUUUUGAUAAUAGUUCCUUUUAGACAUUCCUGUCUAAAAAUUGUUGAACUCUUAAUAUCUAUUUUAAUUGGAGAAGAUAAAGGUGGCUCUGUAAUGAACAAAAAGAGAUUCAUGGAAGAUUUUAGCGGCAAUGAAUUAGCAAUGCCAAAAAAGAAGCCAAAACCGGAGGAUUAUGAAUUAACAUUUCAAGGAAACAUAGAUGAUACCUUUAAAAUUGGAAUUUCUGUUACGAAAAGAACUCUGAAAUUGUAUUCCGAAUUUUAUUCUUCCGACAUAAUAAUUUCAUCCCUAUUGGGAUUAAGGAUGUUAAUAGGUGCAGAAGGUGAAGCAGAAAGAGAUUACGAUUUUUUAGCAUCCAUAGAACUAUUAAUUCUAGACCAAGCAGAAAUAUUUUUAAUGCAAAACUGGGAUCAUAUGAUCCAUGUCUUAAAUCAUUUGCAUUUGCAACCAAAAGAUUUUCAUAGAACAGACUUCUCUAGAGUAAGAAGUUGGUGCGUAAACGGGUGGGCUAAAUACUAUAGACAAACAUUAAUAUUUUCAAGUAUUCACGUGCCUGAAAUAUAUGGGAUAUUUAAUAAGAAAUGUUAUAAUUAUGGUGGAAAAGUAAAGGUAAUAAAUCCUGUUGUUUCUGGAUCCAUUUGCCAAGUGAUUGUACAAGUUCCACAAGUAUUUCAUAGGUUUGAAGCUUCAAGUCACUCUGAAGCCUUGGAACAGAGAAUGGAAUUUUUCGUGUCAAAAAUACUUCCCCAAUACAAAGAUAAAAUUAUGAAUCAUACAUUAAUUUUUGUUCCAUCUUACUUUGAUUUUGUAAAGCUGAGAAAUUAUCUUAAGAAAGAAGAUUAUAGCUUUGUACAAAUUUGCGAAUAUACCAAAGAUGGAAAAAUAUCGAGAGCAAGAGAUUUGUUCUUUCAUAGCGAGGCACAAUUUCUUCUCUAUUCGGAACGAUUUCAUUUUUUCCGUAGAAUUAGAGUGAAAGGUAUAAGGCACAUUAUAUUUUAUGCACCACCGGUCAUGCCUAAGUUUUAUACAGAGAUGUGUAACUUUAUGCAAGAAGCUAAUCAAAAUCCGCGAGCAGGUUCCGAAAGUAACAUGACUGUGACUAUUUUGUAUUGUAAAUACGACAUAAUGCAGCUUUCUGCAAUAGUAGGUACAGAAAGAGCAAAUAAAAUGCUUGGAUCAGAAAGAUCUGUUCACAUGCUUAUGACUGGGGAAUAAAAAUAUGAAAAAAAGAAACUUGUUAAUUGUAUAAAUAUUCACUGUGCAUUGUAACACGUAUAAUUGAUAAUUAGAAAUAUUUUUAUACUUGUA